UUAUGGGACUGCAUGGUUUUCUUACUGUAAACAAGCUUUCUCUUAAACGUCGCUAUAGAGCAAGGAAACCAGUUAGUCUUAUAUCUUUUAUUAAAUAGUUGUCGCCCAGAAAAUGUGAAGUUGUUAAAACAUACCAGAGCCAAGAAACCAGAGAUGUACUUAACAUUUGUAAGAAAAUUUUGCAUUCGCUUCACAUUGAAUAGCAUUUAGACGGCUAACAUGCUAAGUUACCGGUAACAGCUUACUAUCGGUAGAAGAAAAUUUAUAUGUAUAAAAUAUUUUUUUUCUUAUUUCUGCUGGAGAGUAAACGAAGCCACACAAGUUUGCAAGUUAUCGUUAUCCGUUGCCAUGAUGGAAAACGUCCACCUAGCUGGAGAGGAAGACGAUGAUUUGUAUUCGGGAUAUAAUGACUACAAUCCGACAUUUGACACUGAGGAGCUUGACAAUGAUGUUGGCUUCCAACAAGCACUGCGGACGAGCCAUGGAAGGCGGCCUCCGAUGACCGCAAAGUUUCCUGGUACUGCAGUUGGAGCACGGGUCCUGGGGACAGCAUUUAAUUCACGGGUACCUAUGAUCUCAUCUAUGGGUCGACCCAUGACAGGUUCUGUACAGGAUGGAGUGCCUCGGCCCAUGACAGCAGUGCGAGCAGCUGGGUACUCCUCAGCCAUGUCAAGAGGCUCUACGUUUGACCCUCUGGGCCAGUCCAAAGGACCCGCACCGCCAUUGGAAUCUAAAACUGAGGACACACCUGAGGAAAAAAUUAAGAUUCUGGAGAAGAAGGUGAACGACUUGAUUGAGGAGAGUUGCAUUGCUAAUGUUCGAGGUGACUUGCAGCUGGCACUAGAAAAGGCCAAGGAUGCUGGGCGGAAGGAGAGGACUCUGGUCAGGCAGAGGGACCAGACAGGGACAGCUGAUCACAUUAACCUGGACUUAACCUACUCUGUUCUCUUUAAUUUGGCCAACCAAUAUGGCAACAAUGACAUGUUCCCAGAAGCUCUUAACACCUACCAGGUCAUUGUGAAGAACAAGAUGUUUACUAAUGCAGGACGUUUGAAAGUGAACAUGGCUAAUAUUUACUUUAAGCAGAAGAACUACCCAAAGGCUAUUAAGUUCUACCGAAUGGCACUGGAUCAGAUCUCUAACACACACAAGGACAUGCGGAUAAAAAUAAUGCAGAACAUUGGGGUAGUUUUCAUCCGCAUGGGUCAGUACUCAGACGCCAUCAGCUCUUUUGAGCACAUCAUGACUGAAAGUCCCAACAUCAGGACAGGUUUCAACCUGAUCCUGUGUUACUAUGCCAUCGGUGACCGUGAACGGAUGAAGAAGGCCUUCCAAAAGCUCAUCUAUGUUCCACUGGGGAUUGAGGAUGAAGAGAAGUACACUCCCUCCAAUGAUGACCCUCAUACUAACCUUGUGAUCGAAGCCAUCAAGAAUGACCAGCUCCACCAGAUGGAAAGGGAGAGGAAGGCGCUGGCAGAGAAGUACAUCAUGACUGCGGCGAAGCUUAUUGCUCCGGCCGUUGAGGCGUCCUUUGCAGCAGGAUUUGACUGGUGUGUGGAAAUGGUGAAGAGCUCCCAGUAUGUGGAAUUGGCCAAUGAUUUAGAGAUCAGCAAAGCCAUCACAUACCUCCGGCAGAAGGAGUUCAAUCAGGCUGUGGAGACACUGAAGAUGUUUGAGAAGAAGGACACUAGAGUAAAAAGUGCUGCAGCAACCAACCUGUCCUUCCUCUACUUCCUGGAGAAGGACUAUGACCAGGCAGACCGCUAUGCAGACUUGGCUAUGAUGGCUGACCGCUACAAUCCCGCUGCCCUCAUCAACAAGGGCAAUACACUGUUUGUGCGAGGUGACCAUGAGAAGGCUGGCGAGUUCUUUAAAGAAGCCUUGAGGAAUGACUCCUCGUGCACAGAGGCCCUCUACAACUUGGGUCUGACUUAUAAGCGAUUGGGCCGUCUAGAAGAGGCUCUGGACUGUUUUCUGAAACUGCACGCCAUCCUGAGAAACAAUGCCCAGGUCAUGUACCAGCUUGCUAGCCUAUAUGAGGUACUGGAUGACCCCAACCAGGCAAUCCAGUGGCUGAUGCAACUCAUCAGUGUCACGCCUACGGACGCCCGGGUUCUGGCCAAGCUGGGAGAGCUAUACGAUGGGGAGGGGGACAAGUCUCAAGCCUUUCAGUACUACUACGAGUCAUUUAGGUACUUUCCUUCCAACAUUGACGUCAUUGAGUGGUUGGGAGCCUACUACAUAGACACCCAGUUCUGUGAAAAAGCCAUCCAGUAUUUCGAGAGAGCCACACUCAUUCAGCCCACUCAAGUGAAAUGGCAGCUCAUGGUGGCCAGUUGCUAUAGGAGAAGUGGAAACUACCAGAAGGCCUUGGAGACAUACAAAGAUAUCCAUCGCAAGUUCCCAGAGAACAUAGAAUGUUUGCGAUUCCUGGUGAGACUUUGCACUGACAUGGGUCUGAAGGAGGUGCAGGACUACGCCACCAAAUUAAAGAAGGUGGAGAAGAUGAAGGAGAUCAAAGAGCAGCGGGUGAAGUCUGCCAGAGACAACAGUGCCCGGGGGCGCAGAGAAGGCAGUGCCAGCAGUGUGGACUCGCCUAUCAGCACUCCACCCAGGAAGACCAGUGUGGGCUCCUCAUCCCCAAGAAGCACCCCUCCCAAGAAGGCCAAUGACAGUGGACACAGCAGCCGUGGUCCUAGUGCCAGGGGGGAGCGGCUGAGCGCCAAGUUGCGGUCUCUCCCUGACAGCAACGAGCCGUAUGAGGCCAGCAGUCAGUGCGACAUCGAUGCCUCCUACCUAGAUCCACUGGGACCUCAACUAGAGAGACCUAAGACGGCAGCCAAGAAGCGUAUUGAGGAAGAUGAGUUUGCUGAUGAAGAGUUAGGAGACGACCUGCUCCCAGAGUAGCUGGUGGAAAGGCAUCAUCUCAUGUCCCUAAGCUUAGGAAGGACCCUUAGCUGUUCUUACUGGUCCUGACUAAAAAGUAUCAGUUAUUAACAGUAACUUUUACAUGACUUGUUUUUUGCAUUAUUUUGUUGACAGUUCACAGAAAAUGUUCAUAGCAGUUGUUUUGAUGCUCACUACUGAUAUCUACGUUUUUCCUGAAAAUUUAUAUACAUUUGUAAAGCUGUCAAAACGUGAUGGAUUGUUGAAAUGGCUUACUGCAGCUGGUAAAUUUAUCAGCAUAAAUCUUGUCAAUUUUAUAA